GGCCGCGCUGUCUGCGGCGCUGCGCCUCCCCCGGGACCCGGCCGUCCCGGACGUGGACUCCGAUCCCUGUUUACCGAAAAGACCUUUCACACGGAACGCGGUCUUCGCCCUGUGAGCGGACGGCCUUGACCCUUCGCCUGCUUCCCAAAAGCCCCCGAGACCGCCGACGUCCACGCUGGUAGAAACGGCCCCGAACCUCUUGCACGGAGACAAAAGGGAGCUUCCGGCGCCGGGAACUCUCUCUAGAUAUCUUGGCCUAGAAAAGAAAGCUGCCAGCUUUUGAGGGCAAAGCCGAGAGCCUUGCUUGGCUGCCUGCGGUCGGGGCCAGGGGAUUGUUGGUGUAGAGAGGAUCCUGUGUUUUCUGCUCUGUGACCUUGGGUGAGCCCCUCAGCCACCUGGGCACCGGUGUCUUAGAUGUCACACAGGGCCAACGUGGCACGAAGUCAGGGGUAUACAGGAGGCACUGUAUGAAUGCUGGUCUUCUUUCUUCUCUGGGCCUCUCAGCCUCGGAAUAUCAGGAAGACCGGGGGUGGGUACAGCCUGUCAUGAUCACAGAUUCGCUGGCUGUGCAGAGAUAUAGUUGCCCCUUCCUUACCUGUCCCCCAGGAGCUGGACAGGAUGGAAUGUGCCUGAAUUUAUUUCUCCCAUGGGAACAGGCAGCCCCCUCCUGUGUCCCCAUUUAUCUUAGAAUAAUGCUGACUUCUUGUCACAUUGUUCUUUAUUAGCAAAGACUGCUAAAUAGGUAACGAAAUUGAUUCUUUUUACAGACUCAGCAGGAAAAAAUUUCCUCCUUAAACCCUCAGCCCCACUAUGUGACAUGUUCCCACAAGGUUGACUUAGUUCUUCCUCCUUGUGCCCUCCCAAUCCUCCAAGGUCCUCCUGAAACCUGGCUCUGGGCUGUCAGUGAGUUGUGUGGCAUUUCAGCACUGGUAAAAACUUUAAUGCUGUGGUGUGCUUGCCCAUGCUGAGUUUGACCAUCAGGUUCAGGGAAGUUCACACACUUGCUCGAGUUUGUGUUCAAGAUAGGGCAAAGGCCCCAGCCAAGGUUUCCUGCCUUGGACUUUCUUUCCCCCAUGUCCAAGCAGAAUAACAGUGCUGGCCUCUCGGGGCUGUAUGGGGACCAAGCAAGCAAAGAGACACAAAAGCCCAGAGAACAGUGUGUGUCUAGAAUGUACUGUAUACAUGCUCAUCAUCACUGUGCCACAUCCUCCACUUCGUAAUAAUGUUCAAAAGUGUGAUCCUUGCUGGGGAUACUGCUCAGUUGGUAGAGUGUUUGCCUCACAUGCACAAGGCCCUCAGUUUGAUCCCCAGCGCCACCAAAAAAAAAAAAAAUUGUGAUCCUUGAGAGGUUUGGGCCUUGUUCAGUAUGCUCCCAAGAAGAGCCUAGAUUUGAAGAUGGAUUGUCAGCUGUUAGCUGUGUGACCACAUCUCAGUAUUCUUAUCUGCAAGAUGUGACAUUCACCUGAUCAAGUAUUGAAGGAGUUCAAUAUAAGGUAGCACAUGGAAGUCCUGUGGCUUGUUUCCAGGGCCAUAGUCUAGGCUCUGAAAUGAUAACUAUUAUCAUUAUAAUCCUGAUCUAAAAGCCCCUAGUUGAGACUGAAGUCUCAGGUGGGAGCUGGGAAUGUACAUAACUCAGUGGUUGAGUGCUUGUGUAAGUAUGCAUGAGGCCCUGAGUUCAAUCCCCAGCACUGCAAAACAAAAAGAAGUGGGUAUUAGCAGGAAGUGGGCUAAUUGACAUGUCAGAUUUUAGAUGCCAAAAGAACCCUGGUUAAAUAUUCUAAAGGCUGGGCUGGGGCUGUAACUCAGUGGUAAAGUGCUUGCCUAGCACAUGUGAGGUCCUGGGUUCAAUCCCCAACAACACAUAAAAAUAAAUAAAUAGAAUAAAGGUAUUGUGAAAAAAAAUUCUUAAAAGAAAAAAAAAACUGUUCUAAACAAUGCUGACAACCUGAUUCUUUGGUCAGAGAGUCCUGUGUAUUGCUCUGUUCUCUCCCACGUUCCUCCUUGGGACAGUUCUGCACUUGUUGUCCUUGGUAUCUACAGCAGAUCCUGCGAUUAAUGAAUGACCUGGAGGAGCUCCUGGGAGGGCUUCAGGACCAGACUUCUAGAGUUCAUGUGCAUACUCAGAAAUCCUGUUCUUGUUAUAGGGCUGCGAUCUCUCACAAUGGAGGGAAGCCGGCAGACGCGAGUGUCUCGGCCCUACAAGAUCAGCGAAUCUUCAAAGGUGUACCGCUGGGCCGACCACUCCUCCACGGUGCUGCAGCGGCUGAACGAGCAGCGGCUCCGCGGCCUCUUCUGUGACGUGGUCCUGGUGGCGGAUGAGCAGCGCGUGCCAGCCCACCGUAACCUGCUGGCCGUGUGCAGCGACUACUUCAACUCCAUGUUCACGCUGGGCAUGCGGGAGGCCUUCCAGAAGGAGGUGGAGCUGAUUGGCGCCUCCUACAUUGGGCUCAAGGCCGUGGUGGACUUCCUGUACAGCGGGGAGCUGGCGCUGGACGGCGGCAACAUCGACUACAUCCUGGAGACGGCACACCUGCUGCAGAUCUGGACAGUGGUGGACUUCUGCUGCGAGUACCUGGAGCAGGAGGUGAGCGAGGACAACUACCUGUACCUGCAGGAGCUGGCCUCCAUCUACAGCCUCAAGCGGCUGGACGCCUUCAUCGAUGGCUUCAUCCUGAGCCACUUCGGCACACUGUCCUUCACGCCCGACUUCCUGCAGAACGUCUCCAUGCAGAAGCUGUGUGUGUACCUGAGCAGCAGCCAGGUGCAGCGGGAGUGCGAGCACGACCUGCUGCAGGCGGCCCUGCAGUGGCUGACGCAGCAGCCCGAGCGCGAGGCACACGCCUACCGGGUGCUGGAGAACAUCCACUUCCCGCUCAUCCCCAAGAACGACCUGCUGCACCGCGUCAAGCCGGCCGUGUGCUCGCUGCUGCCCCGCGAGGCCGACUGCGAGGGCUUCAUCGAGGAGGCCGUGCACUACCACAACAGCCUGGCCGCCCAGCCCGUCCUGCAGACCAAGCGCACAGCCCUGCGCACGGACGAGGAGCGCCUCCUGUUUGUGGGCGGUGAGGUCUCUGAGCGGUGUCUGGAGCUCAGCGAUGACACCUGCUACCUGGACGCCAAGAGCGAGCAGUGGGUCAAGGAAACGCCCCUGCCGGCCCGGCGGAGCCACCACUGCGUCGCCGUGCUGGGGGGCUUCAUCUUCAUCGCGGGCGGCAGCUUCUCGAGAGACAACGGAGGGGACGCAGCCUCCAACCUCCUUUAUAGGUAUGACCCCCGCUGUAAACAGUGGAUCAAGGUGGCCUCCAUGAACCAGCGGCGCGUGGACUUCUACCUUGCCUCCAUCGGGGACAUGCUGUUGGCUGUUGGUGGCCGGAAUGAGAAUGGAGCUCUCUCUUCGGUGGAGACCUACAGCCCCAAGACUGACUCUUGGUCCUACGUGGCCGGCUUGCCAAGGUUCACCUACGGCCACGCAGGCACCAUCUACAAGGACUUUGUGUACAUCUCAGGGGGCCACGACUACCAGAUCGGCCCCUACCGCAAGAACCUGCUGUGCUACGACCGCCGCACGGAUGUAUGGGAGGAGCGGCGGCCCAUGACCACGGCGCGCGGCUGGCACAGCAUGUGCAGCCUGGGCGACAGCAUCUACUCCAUCGGGGGCAGCGACGACAACGUCGAGUCCAUGGAGCGCUUUGAUGUGCUGGGCGUGGAGGCCUACAGCCCGCAGUGCAACCAGUGGACCCGCGUGGCGCCCCUGCUGCACGCCAACAGCGAGUCGGGGGUGGCUGUGUGGGAGGGCCGCAUCUACAUCCUGGGCGGCUACAGCUGGGAGAACACGGCCUUCUCCAAGACCGUGCAGGUCUACGACCGCGACGCCAACCAGUGGAGCCGCGGCCCCGACCUGCCCAAGGCCAUCGCCGGCGUGUCGGCCUGCGUCUGCGCCCUGAAGCCGCAGCUGGAGGACAGGAAGAAGAAGGGCAAGGGCAAGCGGCAGUAGGGCAGCGCCAGCGCUGCCGCUCGCUCCUGGCCCUGUGGCCGGAGCAGUAGGCAGUGGCCACCCCUUAGCCCUCUGGAAACGUUACGUGCUCUUGGCAGCUUUUUUACUUUUAUGAUUCUUGGUAUUUCUAUGGUAUCAUAACCAAUUAAACAUGGUAUAUCACUUGA